AUUUUUUUCUCUCUUUCUAGGUACUCCACUUUUGGUUAGAAGGAGUAGUGAUCCAACUGUGGGACAGCCAGCUGACUUUGUGCCAGGAGCGUCACAUGCUAAUCACCAUAUUUUGAAUCCCUCUGUGUCAUGUUCAGCACAAUCAUCUUCAGAAGCCUGGGAUUUCACUACACAUAAUGAUACACUGACAUCUCAGAAAACAAAACUUAAUUUCAGUGGUGUGACAAGAAUCGUAGAGAUACCUGGGGAAGGAGGCCCACUGGGGAUACAUGUGGUACCAUACUUUUCAUCGUUAAGUGGAAGAAUUUUAGGACUCUUCAUCCGUGGCAUUGAGGAAAAUAGCCGGUCUAAGCGGGAUGGACUUUUCUAUGAAAAUGAAUGCAUUGUGAAAAUUAACAAUAUUGAACUUGCAGAUAAAACCUUUGCACAAGCACAAGAUCUUUUCCGCCAAGCAAUGAAAUCUCAAAACAUCAUCCUGGAAGUUGUCCCUUUGUAUGGCCGUGAACACUAUGAAAAGUCAGUCAUAGCACCAUUGUACUCCCCAAAUAAAGCUGAGCAUAUUUCAAAAGGAAAAUUUCCACCUGCAGCCCUUCCAAAGUCGAUGAUGAAAGACCCAGAUUUCUCUGAAGCAAACAAUCUAGAGACUAGUACACAUGCAUCUCCCAAGAGUCCUAACUUCUCAAGAAUUAAUAAGAAACCUCCAUCGCCAUCUUUAUCCCCAUUGAUAGGUUUUGGCAGCAAGAAAAAUGCAAAGAAAAUAAGGAUUGAUCUGAAAAAAGGACCUGAAGGACUAGGUUUUACUGUGGUCACCAGGGACUCCUCCAUACACGGUCCUGGCCCUAUAUUUGUAAAGAAUAUUUUGCCUCGAGGUGCAGCAGUUAAAGAUGGCCGUUUGCAUUCAGGAGACAGAAUAUUGGAGGUGAAUGGUAGAGAUAUCACUGGCAGAACUCAAGAAGAACUUGUAGCUACUCUGAGAAGCACAAAACAAGGAGAGAUAGUAUCCCUGGUCAUUGCUCGCCAGGAAGAAACCUUUCUGCCCCGAGAACUGAAAGGAGAACCAUGUUGCAACAUUUUUUCAUUUGAGGCAACAGAGCAAUUGACUUUUGAAAUUCCUUUGAAUGAUUCGGGUUCAGCUGGACUUGGCGUGAGCUUAAAAGGCAACAGAUCUCGAGAGACGGGGGCAGAUCUUGGAAUUUUCAUCAAAUCUAUCAUCCAUGGUGGUGCUGCAUAUAAGGAUGGGCGGUUACGAAUAAAUGACCAGCUUAUUGCAGUAAAUAGUGACUCUCUGCUUGGAAAAUCAAACCAUGAAGCCAUGGAGACUUUGAGGCGUUCUAUGUCUAUGGAAGGAAAUAUCCGUGGCAUGAUACAACUGGUAGUUCUCAGGAGGCCAGAAAGGCAAAUUGAAAUGGAAUGCAAAGAACCUGAUAUAUUAUUUCCAAAAGCAGAGGUUGAAGGGAAUAUUAAUUUCACAAGCACUCCUAAGCAAAGUGACGCUGCUGUACAGUGUUUUGUCACAUAUUGCCCACAGGAGAAGUUAAAAGAGUUUGAAAGCGGCACAGCUGAAAAUGAAGUCCCACCCCCGUUGCCUCCACAUCCUAGUGAGAAGCUAUUCACAGAUUAUAAUCAUAGCAGCAGAGUAGGAGAUUCAGAGACUUUUUUGCCAGAUCAGCCCAUCAACUUCAGAUCUCUGACCCUGGCCAAACAGACAGAAUCAAUUAACCUGAAGACCUCCAAGAGCAUGGACCUUGUGGCAGAUGAAAGUAAAGUUGCCUUAUUGGCUGCUCAGAAACUAGAAUCUCCUAAUAAGGAUAUUGGCCCCACCCUGGGAUUAAAAAAGUCAAGUUCCCUAGAAAGUCUCCAGACAGCUGUUGCUGAAGUAAAAAAGAAUGAGCUUCCAUUCUACAGGCCUAGGCCUCACAUGGUCCGUGGUAGGGGAUGUAACGAGAGUUUCAGAGCUGCCAUUGAUAAAUCCUACGAUGGACCUGAAGAUGUGGCAGGAGACGGUCUGUCAGAUAAGAGUUCCCUUUCUGGUCCAGAAGGUCAAAACUUUGCAAAAGCCUUUCACAUGAAUUCCGAAUUAGAAGAUAUGGAAGGAAAGUCAAAAAAACACAAGAAGACCAAAGAAAAAUUAAAAACAAAAGAAAAAAAUAAAAAGCUUAAUCUCAAAAACAAAUCAAAAAUCAGUGAAAAGGACAAAAAAGAGGAGAAUGACAAUCCUGAAAGAAAAACAAAAAAGAAAAGUUUGGGCGCUAUGUUAAGAUACCAUUCUGCAUUCACGUACUUCUUAUUUCAUUUCAUUCUUCAAAUUGAAGAGAACAAAUUACUGAACAAAUUUGUCUUCCAUAUCUUGCAAGAACAACAGCCUCCUUCAUCAAACUCUCAGGCAAUUAAAUUUGAGUUCAUGCAAUUGCCUAAUGAUCUGGUAUCUGAUGUUUCACCAGCCUUUGUGACUCCUAUCUUCAGAGGACCAAAUGGUCUGCUCUUCAGUAUACCUCUUCAGGAAACUGAGCAGGAACUGACUGAGCUCUUACAUCUAUAA